UCGCAGUCUGAUCGUUUUCGGAAGAGCUUUGACUGUGGUGUUUCCGCACUCUCUCUCUCUCUCUCUCUCUACUAUACAUUUGCCCUAAAAGCUACCUCAAUCUGAGUCUUUUUCUAUUGCAUUUGACCCCAAGCAUUUUCCGUGAAGCUUUCAGAGAUCAGAAAGAGUACGUCUUCUAGUUCUUCUUUCCUUUUACUGGAAGCUGAGGCUUUAAGCUUUCGAAACGGCGAUCUGUGGAGCUUUUGGCGAUCGAUUUGAGGGAACCUCGGAAGAUCUACACACUACCAACCAAAUUCGAGCAUUCUUGGAGAAAGAAAUCCCAAACCUAGCUGAAAGAUGGGAUGCUUUACAGUCUCAAGAAACAAGAAGAAGAAGUCCGAACAAUCCCUUUGCAGUAAGUCCAUAAAUUAUGUCUAUGAGAACACGCCAACAACUCUUCCUGAACCACAAACCCAAACAAGAUCACUUCAAUCUGCUCCUCCAAGCUUUAGAAAUCGGGGUAAACCAGUCAUGCAACAAGUUAGCCGACCAAGUUAUAGUAGAACAAGAACGCUCUCUGCCCCUUCAAGUUUGAGCAUUGCAGAGAGAGAUGCGCUCUCUGCUAUGGAUUUCAAGGAACAAGAAGAUGAUAAUAAGCUUAGAGGAGCUGGAAAGGACCAGAAAUUGUUGAACCCACAUCCCCUUCCUCUUCCUUCUCUACAAAGAGGUUCGUCCUCUGUAUUUAAGUACACAGGGAGCUUCAAAUCCUUGAAUUCGAGUGGACCCAUUUCAGUUUCUGGGCCGUUGCCUCUUCCACCAUUGGGGAACUUGAGGAGUUUUUCGUAUGAGGAGAUUGCAGCUGCUUGCCAUCAUUUCUCACCCGAGCGUUGUGUAUCGGAAGGGUUAUCUUCAACUGUUUAUAGAGCUUCAUUCAAGGAUGAGUUUACAGGUUCUCCAAUGCUUGAAGCCACCGUCACUCGCUUGCUUCCCUCUACACAGGGUUUAAAGGAAUUCGCAAGCGAGAUGGUGAAAAUUGCAUCUCUGCAACAUCCUCAGCUGUGUAAACUGAUUGGGUUUUAUGCGAAGGAAGGGUCUGAACAGAGGAUGCUAGUGUACGAGAGGCUUUUCCAUGGAAGCUUGGAUCGAUUGCUUUAUGGAAGGUCCGAUGGGCCUCCAAUAGAUUGGUGCACUAGGAUGCGUGUGGCUCUCUGUGCUGCUCAGGGUCUUGCUUUUUUACACGAGGAAGGACCCUUUCAGGCUAUGUACACCGAAUUCAAGACGGCAAACAUACAGAUAGACAAGGAUUUCAGUGCAAAGCUUUCAGGUUAUGGAUGCGCAAGUUAUAACCCUGAAGUGGAGUUCUCAAAUGCCUCUUCCAUGGUCCAGGCCAUGUCAAACCUUUCCCCCGAGACAGUUGAGCGUGGGCUCCUCACCCCAAAGAGCAACGUCUACAGCUUCGGGGUCGUUCUCCUUGAGCUCCUCACCGGCCACCAAAACCUUGACCCCCGCCAUCCCAAAGAGGAACGCAAUCUCGUCAAAUGGGCUCGCCGUUACUUAGCUGACUCAUGCCGCCUCUCUCUCAUAAUGGACCCAAAACUCAAAGGUCGGUUCCCUUCGAAAGCAGCCGACAUAGUCGCCUCUUUAUCUCUAAAAUGCCUCCAAAAGGAUCCAUCAGAGAGGCCAACGAUGCGAGCCUUAGUUGAAACUCUUAAAUCCAUUCAAGAAAUGAAGUACUCGAGUCGAUUUCCCUUGCAAGAACCAGGUGUCACUUCCAGUAUAGGGCGGCAAGAGCCAAUUCUGGCACCUGCGUUGGGUGGCAGGCCCCCCAUUGUGAAAUCACCAAGCUUUAAUGGCCCAGUGAUGCCGUUUUUCCGAUCCCGAUCACCGGAAAACGGGGUUUUUGGGUCAGUUUCACCAGAAAAUGGGGUUCCCCGAUCAAUAUCGCCGGAAAAUGCAGGCUUCCGGUCCGUUUCACCGAGUUCAAGGAUGAGGGGAAGGCACUCAGCUUUGCCCCCAAGGUCUUGUUCAUCGACAAUUUCGCCGGAAAGAGGUGAGGGCAGGCCCCGGGACAGGAGGCUUUUGGCCCUGUAAUUGUAUUUUUUUUUUUGGGUCAUCGAUUUUUUCGGGUUUUAUUUUCAUGGGAUCUCCUUGCUUAGGAGAGAGUGUGGCGCAGGGGGCGAUGCGUGUAGAUAUGAGAGGAGAGAGAGAUGCAAGUUUUGAUGGAUUCAUCAGUUUUCCCUUGCUUCUCUUUUGGUUUGUACAGGGAGGAGGGAGAAUGCCGGGUUGAAAGCUUGUAAGUUUUUCUAUUAAAACAGUAUUAUAUAUAUGUGGAUGCCUUAUUUUACUCGGUU